AUGGCUCCUUUUGAAGCCCUUUAUGGACGAAGAUGCAGGACUCGUUUAAGUUGGGAUGACAUGAGCGAUCGACUGAUAUUAAGUCCAGAAAUGAUCGAAGAAUCAAAAAAUAAGAUUCGAGUUAUAAGGGAGAAGAUGAAGAUAGCUCAAGAUCGCCAAAAAAGUUAUGCUGAUAAAGCCCGACGUGAAGGUCAAUUUCAAAGUGGAGAUUUCGUCCUAGUAAAAGUAUCUCCAAUGAAAAGUAUUAGAAGAUUUGGAAUUAAAGGAAAAUUGAGUCCGCGUUAUGUUGGACCCUAUGAAAUCCUCGAUCGAGUUGGAGAUUGGGCUUAUCGGUUAGCACUUCCUAAUUGCAUGGAACGAAUUCAUAAUGUGUUCCAUGUAUCACAGCUUCACAGGUAUGUCUCAGAUCCUUCUCAUAUUUUAUCUCCCGAUGAAUUACAGCUAAAUGAGGAUCUUUCGUAUGAGGAAAUGCCUCUUUGGAUCAUGGACACAAAGGUUCGAACUACGAGGAACCGAAAUAUUCGUAUGGUGAAGGUAAUGUGGUCCCGGCAUGGAGCAGAAGAGGCCACGUGGGAAGUAGAACAAGAGAUGUUCAAAGCAUACCCACAUUUGUUUAACUAA